UAAACAUGAUUUUAUCGAAAUACAGGCCAACAGACCAAAAGGAGUUAAGAAUCUAUAAGAGUAUGAAGAUAAUUCUCGUUUUUGUGACUUUUUUAUUGCAAGGUGUAGUCAGCAUGGAGACUGAUUUCACAGGAGUAUCUGGGAAGGACAUUACAAUAAUAUGUUCUCUCGACUACAAAACAGAUCAUGUCAAAUACUUCUGUAAAGGACCAUGUACAUCUAAUCAAGAUGUUCUAAUAAGAAGCAACAGUGGGAAUUGGAAUUUAAGGAAAUACAGAAUAGUAGACUACAAAAAUUACUUUAAAGUUACAAUCUUUCAUCUAACAGAGAAGGAUGCUGGUUACUACUAUUGUGGAUGGGACAUAAAGUAUUUGGAUGAUAUCUACAGAAAAGUUUCCCUCACUAUCAAUCAAAUGAACACACCGGUCCCGCCAAAAAACAUCGAUGAACUGAACACACUGGUCCCGCCAAAAACCACUGAUGAACAAUUGAACCCGAUUCUGUAUGGACCUGCAGUGAUAUUUUCAGUUGCUUUAGUAUUUGUAUUUUUCAGUACACUCAUUUUGCUAGUGGCAAAGAAACGCCAGCGGGUCAUCCAACAACAGACUGGAGAGCAGGUAUCUGACUACGAGAACGUGAUGCCCGCUGUUACGAGUGAGGGUCACUCUGAGAGCUCAAGUCCAGAGAGUAUCGCUCUUUCGGAUACACCAAAAGACAUCAGUGACUACCACCACUUAGAGUUUAGCAAAAGGGAGGAAAAUGUCUAUCAUAGUCUACAUGGGUAGAAAAUUGAGGAGCAGAAAAAUCGCGCUCCUGAUGACUGUUUAGUCUCCAGGUGUUGGGAAGUUGAAGCAAAUACAAGUUCGAAUUAAAUUGUAAAAUCAUCCGCCACUGACAUUUGUUUGCAAUUUCUGGAGAAAUUGCGUGGGGAUACAUUACUCAGCUGGUAAACUUCUGUUGAUAAUGAUAAGACAAUUAUUUAGA